AUUGGUGCACCGGCCCGUCACGUGGGCGGGGAGUCACGCGCUUUCCGGGAACCCGUCAGGAAGGAAAUAAACAAAACAAAGCAGAAGCAGCAUGGAGACGGCGGCGCGGGGACACGGGCGACGGCAGCGGGGCGGCUGAUACACCCCACCGAGCUUGGCGACAGGAGCAGUCCACAAAACAGGCUCUGCAUGGGCUGCCUGUGAUUCCUUUGACCUCUGAUUGGGAAACCGCUACUCUUCGUUGUAUGUAUCAUUUUCUCGCUACUGAUAAGAAGGAAAGGCUGGAAAGAAGGCCUCUGGAGAAGAACAUACAUUUAGGAUUAAGCCUGGACAGACUGGACUUUGAGAUGCCUCAGCCCAGUGUCAGCGGAAUGGAUCCUCCUUUUGGAGAAGCUUUUCGUAGUCCAGCAUUUGCUGAACAGACGUUAAUGAGCACAGACCUUCUGGCAAGUAGCUCAGAUCCGGACUUUAUGUAUGAACUGGACAGAGAGUUGAGCUACCAGCAAAGCCCAUCAGAUAAUUGCCUGAUGCUAGAAGACUGCAAAGAUUUGGAAACCUUGGACUCCUUUACUGAAAUCCUGGGAAACAAUCCACCCAUUUCUUCUCACUGGGAGCAGUGGGACACGUAUUGUGAGGAUCUGACCAAAUACACAAAGCUUACAAGCUAUGAUAUCUGGGGAACUAAAGAGGUGGAUUAUCUAGGUCUUGAUGACUUUUCAAGUCCCUAUCAGGAUGAGGAGGUCAUCAGCAAAACACCCACUCUUGCUCAACUUAACAGUGAGGACUCUCAGUCAGUUGUUGACUCUUUUUGCUACACAGACGGCUUCUUAGGAACUAAAGCUACCUUUUUUCCAGGAAAGAAAGGGGCAUCUGGACGGGCAACUGUUCCAGUUUGCUCAUCGAAGACUGCUUCUGCUGAAUUGCCACCAGCCGACUGUUCCCAAAAAGCAGUCAAGACAGCUGCAACUACACAAAUGGUAGCAAAGACUAAUAUUUCUUGUGAGGAGAAAAUUAAUAUUCAUGGAGAGUGCAAGGAUUAUGUAAGAAAAGCCAAGGUAAAGAUCAGCCCGGUACUUCCUAAUCGACCGACUAGCACAGUGGUAGCAAUGGAUGCAGCAAAGGAAAACACUUGUUUUUGUGGCGCUAUGGCCAAAAAGCAGGAUAGGACAAUUGGAGAGCCCUCGUUAGGUAGAAGAAGCUGUACAAUUUUGCCUUUCAGGGAGACUCAAAAGCUUUUUUGCCCACCCCAGCCUGUAGCAACAAUUGGUGCGGUGGAAGCCAGCGUUACUGUAUCGGCCUCUGUGUCUGACCCGUCACAAAAGGAGGAACACAAUUAUUCACUCUUUGUCUCCGAGGAGCUUAUAGAGGCAACAGUCAAGAGUGAAGAGCCACAGGAAGAGGAGGAGGAUGAUGAUGAGGAGGUUGAUUUGGAUGAAGAAGACCAUGAUGAGGGAUUUGGUAGCGAGCAUGAGCUCUCUGAAAAUGAUGAGGAAGAGGAAGAAGAGGAGGAAGACUAUGAGGAUGAUAAAGAUGAUAUUAGUGAUACCUUCUCUGAACCAGGCUAUGAGAAUGAUUCAGUGGAAGACCUAAAAGGAGUAACUGCUGUGUCAAUGAGGAAAAGAGGAAAACGGCGAUAUUUCUGGGAAUAUAGUGAGCAGCUGAUGCCUUCCCAACAGGAAGGGAUGCUGAAACCCUCUGAGUGGAACAGAGACACGCUUCCCAGUAACAUGUACCAGAAGAAUGGCUUGCACCACGGCAAAUACACUGUUAAGAAGUCUCGCCGGACGGAUGUGGAAGACUUGACUCCCAACCCACGAAAACUUCUUCAGAUCGGAGGGGAGCUGCGUAAGCUGAACAAAGUAAUCAGUGAUCUGACGCCUGUAUCUGAGCUUCCUGUAACUGCCAGGCCACGCUCCCGCAAAGAGAAGAAUAAGCUGGCCUCCAGAGCUUGCCGGCUAAAGAAGAAAGCUCAGUAUGAAGCGAAUAAAGUAAAGCUGUGGGGCCUAAAUACAGAGUAUGAUGGUUUGCUCUUCGUGAUUAAUUCAAUCAAACAGGAGAUCAUGAGUCGGAUGCAGAUCCCAUGGGAGGAAUGGUCAGAAAGCAUGGAGCAGAAACUGGAUAUUCUAAUAAAGGAUACACUUGGGUCACCGGUGGCAGGCCAGACCUCUGAAUUUGUAAAUCAGGUUUUGGAAAAAACCUCGGAGGGAGAUCCCACUGGUGGCUUAGUGGGACUCCGUAUACCCACUUCAAAGGUGUGACCACCUUUUCUUCAUGACCAGUGCUCCUACGUCUCCUCCCAAGUCUGCACUGUAAAUUGCGUUUAGUUUUUGCAUGUAUAUCCUCUCGUCAUCUGUUCUGAUUUUUAACAGGUUUUAUGGGGCGAGAACAGCAAACAGACAUGUUGGCAAAUGGAGAGUUAUCAUUGCAUGGAACUCUAAUUCAUCACAAUGUCUGGUUGUUAAUGGCUGUUUGUUCUUGGAGUACUAUUGGCAGCAAUUCUAUUAUUGCCGUAGUUUAUAUAUUGAACCUAAAUGUGCAAAAAACAAAUAGGCAACGUAUAUUGUAAUUUUAGCAUAUGUCUUAGAGUCAGAAACUAUUUUUUUUUUUUUAAAGUUUCCAUACUUUUGAGCUAAUGCCAAAAUUAGCCACUGUCUGUACUGGAAUUUUAGAAAUGUGAUUCUUCUAAUUGCAAAAAGCCACUUAUAUGGCUUCAGGUUUCUGCCAUUGUUGUGCUGCACUAAGUGGUCCAGUAGAAGUGCAAAGGUCAACAAAAGUGGCUCUAAAUAAAAUUAUAUUUUGCUCAUAAAAUAACUUUGCGAUAGCUAAUAGUAUAUCGCAAGUGCAACUAUGAUUAUAAAAAUACUUAUCUUUGUGCCUUGUUAUUUGCAAAGACACUUCUACAGCUUAAAACCGUUAAGGUUUUUUUGUAUGCUUUAAAACGUUACAAAAUAUUUAAAAACUUGUAGUGUAGUGGGCUAAAAUGCAUAGUUUGGUGCAUAUUUAUCGGGUUCCGCUUCAUUGUAGAAAAAAAUCCUUGUGACUUCCUCUUUUUUCCGAAUGUACAUAGGAAUAUGUUGAAAAUGUAGAUACGUGCCACAGAGUCUGUGAAUUGUAUAGAAACAAACAAGAUAUAAAAAAAAAAAAAAAAAAAAAUGUUUUAAAAAGCAACAAAAAAAAAAAUAGAAAAGGUGGCUCUUGAACUUAAAAGCCGCAUUUUUUUUUUUUUUUUUGUUCUUUUUCUCUUUGGUACUUUUUAGUUGGGAAAAGAGAGAAACAAAAUUGCACAUUACGUUGAUUGUUUUCUUUUUAUUUUGUACCAAAGACAAACAUAUUGAGGUGGCAGACUGCCAGUCAAAGUAAAGUUUUGCACAGCUUAUAAGAUACUGUAAUGAAUGUAAAAAUUUCAAAACAUAAAUAUAUAUUAUAUAUAUAUUUUAAAAAUAAAUUGAGGUCAGCUGAAUUCUGGGACAGGGGUAUACUAAACUGUGAAUUUUUUUUCUUCUUUUUUUGUAGUGGUCCAAUUUAAUGAGUAUCAAUUGGAGGGUGCAUUCACAGUCUUGUGUCUACGGUCAAGAGACUGAUUCCCAUUUGUAGAUAAACUAAGACUUUCUAUAUAUAUAUAUAUAUAUAUCUAUAUAUAAAUAUAAUUAUUUUUUUGAAUUAAAAUUUUGAUUUUCAGAUUUUUGGAGGAUAGUUAGAGCUGCUACAUUUCAUUGAUCUAGUUGAACUUCCAGAAUCUGAUGUUCCCCAUACCAGGCAGAUGGCAUAAGAUGUGUUGUGGGCCCACUGGAACUCUAUGCGUUGUAAAAGAAAAUUAGUUCAGAUAUAUAUAAUAAAUCUCUCUAUAUAUAAAUCUCUAUUUUUGCUAUUGUAACAUGCGCCUGAAUAUACUGAACUUGAGGGAGAAGAGUGCGCUUGACAAAUUGUAAUACUUUGCCAAUAUUUUUUGCUUAAUGUUCUUGUUCAGUCAGAGCAUGAGCUGAUAUAAAAGAGUCAAACAAUUUAAGAUGUUAAGAAGAAAACAAAAUGGGAAAAAAAAAGUUUUAGAUUUUAUAUUUUUGUACCAGUUCUGCAAGAAUUGCUUCUCUGGAUGUUAGGGACUUUUAUUUUAUGUUUUGUAGGCGUGUAUUUGUUUUUAUCCUGCAUGUAGUCAUUUUGCAUAUGCAUGGAGCGUGGUGAUACUCUUUUCUUUGUAGGGAACAUUGCAACUGAGGAAUGGUUCAUUAAACUUUGUUACAAAUGUACCCAGUGACUCAAAUGGAUGUCCUGUCUGGAUCAGCAAUUGACAAGUCUACCAGUUAAUUCAACUGAAAAGUUUUCCUUGCAUGUGUCAGUCUAUAUCCUUAAUCAGGAGGAUGAGUAUUUUGUCCAUUACUGACCUAUGUAUUAAUAAUGUUCUAUCAACCGGUUCCUCUCAAGUUCUUUAACGAAUGCCAUAGAGUAUGACAUGUUACAUGUUGGUGUUGUGGUUUGUGUUGUUGUUUAUUUUCUUUUUUGCGAUGGAGGGGUUGUUUUUAUAAAGAUGUUCUAUGGUACUUUGGUAGUUGUAAUGCCAAAAAAAAGAUUGCUCCCUAAAAAGUGCCUUACAUUUUAUAAACUUGGGGGUUGAAUCUGUUUAAGGUCUUAAUAAUUUACUAAUUGUGAGUGCUGCAGAGCUGUCCAUCACGGGUUUGCUUAAUUUUGUUUUUAUGUUGCACAAUCUGGUGUGUAGGAUGCAAUUGUGAUAGUGUCACAGAGACAAUUCAGGGCUGGUAUCUCUGUGUGAAACUUCAGUAUUAGGGUACAAACAGAGGGGUGGUUGUACAUCCAUCUGUGGUUUUGCCUCACUGCACUGUAAGCACAUGCUGGACUAUCCAGAAACCUAACAGGCUGUGUUCAGGGGUUGCUUCUGUUGGGCUAAAUUUUGUGAGAGUUCCAACAGGGUUGCUUAUAGUGAUCAAUAAAUUACUGUUUUGAGGCUCGCUUGCACUGGGCGAUAUACCAGAAACACAUGUACAAGCAUCUGUGUGUAUGUACUCUUAAUGAGAGCAGUUCUAAUGGAUUCAAUUAUUUGUUGCCUAAGUUUUGUCUUGAGGCUUCUGUGGAGCUGCGUUUCUAAGCGAUCACUGUGCCAUGCUAUGCAUCCACUACACCAGUUGAUUGCACUUAUCAUUCCCCCCUCUAAAUUUAUACCAAAACUCGUAUCCUUUUACAUAUUCCAAGCAUUUGGAUUUUUAAGUUUGUUUUUUCCCCAUUAGAUUUACCAUGCUGCAAAUAGCUGAUACAUCCACUUUGUGUGCCGAGUGAGCCCGAUUUGCUACAUGCAGAAUGAAAGCAUUUGUGUGAGUGUUGAAGUGGUGCUGAUAAAAGCAAGAGAUCUGUCCUUUCUAAGCGAGUCCCCGCAGAGGCAGUUUCGUUAAACAGCAGGACUUGCUUACUAGUCAGUGUUAUAUCCUGUUUCAAAUAAAUUGAAUCACUGGCCACAUUUAUUUUGUUGCUUUGUCUUGUUAAACACUUUGGUUCAUGGACCAUCUUAAGUCAAGCAGAUUGUUCAGUAAACAUGUGGCUAAGAAGUGCAGUGCACGUCCCACACACUGCCCUUAGUAUCUCCCGUCGAUGUAAGCCGUGAGUACAGAAAGUCCCAGCCAAAGCGCCUAAGAGUUUGUAUUGAAAUAAGACUCUUUAAUAUGCCUACGUCUUCUUGCCCACAAACUGAAGCAUUCUUCAGUAGCUGCUACAUUCAUACCCAAGUAUGUAUUUUUGAGAGGUGCUCUUCUUCUUUUCUCUUAGUUUUUUUGCACUUUGUCCAUAGUAGGCCAGUCCCUUCUUCGUAACAUUUCUGUUAGACCUUAAUGGUGAUAACAAUUGGGAGGUAGCAGAAGUUUUGGAGUGCCUUAUAAACAUCUGGUGUUGCUUCCUAGUCUGCUUCCCCAAAGCCUGCCUGUUAAGAAAGCAGAUUUUCUUGAUAAUAUAAUGAUCCUAUCGUUUUCUUGAACUACCUUCUCUGACCAUCAACUCUUCUCUCGCUAGGAGGUGUUUGUCACAGUCUCCUGACUUUGAGGGCAAGUAGGUUAUUGGCAUCCAUCAGUUGAUGUCUGUCAGUGCAGUGCAGCAUUGUAAUGCCAAAACCCUUUACCAUGUUCAAUUUCUAGAGGGUAAUCUAAUGUACUGUAUGUCUCAACUAGUUACUGCUGUAAUAACUCCCAAGCCAUUUCAACAAUAAACUGUAUCUUCUAGAUGCACCACAACUUCCACAAAAUCCUGGCUUUUGUUAUUGUAUCUGCUAUAUAACAAACGCAGGACUAUGUAGGACAACACUCCAACCAUCUGACCGAUUAAGAUAGCUACCUAUGCUCGAGUCCACAAAAAUAGACAUGCUCUAGUGUCCUUCAAAGCACAAAAGACUCAGGAAACAUGCUAAUACAAUUCAGUGACUUGUUUUUUGUUGGCUUCGUUGACCAAGUUUGACAAGCAAUAUGUUUGUUUUAAUAUAUUGUAUUAAGGGAAACUUGUAUAACUUGACAUUAUUCAGAUAUACAAGAUGUUUUGUACCCCAGAUUACUUUUGGACUAGAAUGAGAAGUUUUGACAAUACUGCAAAGAGAAAACCUUUGCAGUAUUGUCAAAACUUCUCAUUCUAGUCCAAAAGUAAUUUUCUCUGUGAUGCCAUCUAUAUUUAUUGGCUGUUGCCACUUUAUAUUACUCCAGUAUCAAAUCCCCUUUUCAUCCCCAUACUAGUACUUUGGUGGGGGUCUUUAGCAGGAGAGAUCAGAUGAAUUGGCAUUCAGUGGAAGAUUCAGAGCUGGUGUUUAGGAUCUCCACCUUGCUACGAAAAAGAUUCAUUCGGCUACAUAUGAGUUCAGGUACCCGCUACAUAGAGCGAAUACUGGGUGUUCUCACAGGAGGUUCUCCCACCUAAGUUCUACUAUAGGGUAGAGUGAGGAUUUAUUGCAAGCAUUAUUUACAGUAGAAAACUCCUUUUUAAGGCAGUGAUGGACUGCUGUGUUUUGGUGCAGUUGCCUUGUAGAGAUUUCUCAGCUUCCUCAUGUUUCUUAUAGAGAAGAAUAAAAAACAAAUAGUGUCGUAUGUGUGACUAUCAUUGAAUGAUACAUUUGAGAAUUUACUAUUUGCACUAGUGCACUAGUGUAUGUUUAGGGUGCUUCGUCUUCUGAAAGCCUCUAAGCACAUGGAGCCAAGUCAGUGUGCCAAUUGUGGCACGGGUUUGAAACAAAGUGACUCAAACUCUAGACAAUCCAGCGUCAUUCCUUUCUGUUUUAAGGACUUCUACAAGGCACUUUCAAAACAUACCCCAUUUUCUUUCUUUAGAGCAUAGAAUCUGUGAGUUAGAUUUAGAUCUGCUCAUACAGCACAGGUCCAUCUGAAACAGGCCCCUUCAUACUAUAGUGGGCAACAGAGCAUUCAUGCAUAGUUCAAUCUCGUAUUAAACUUUUCUACUGCCGGUUUGAUGAGUGUAUAUUUUGCUCUUCGUCCCAGGUCAUUCCCACUCACCCCUUAUUUAGCAUUGCCUCUCCUGCCUCUAGAUGGCCAUCCAGUGUUAUUGCCAGCUUGUUUAGGAUGCAGAUUUUGAGCGUUUGAGUUUAGUUUGUUUCCAACUGACACUUUAUUUUCUAAGUAUUUAUGUGUAUCUCAUCAAAGCACUUUGUUUAAAAAAAGGAAAUAGAAUUGUUUUACAUAUGUUUAAAUAUAUAUUUAGUUUCCUGCCAUUUGCUGCUAACAAUGGACUGCUCUGUAUGCUGCAGCAAUACUUGAUGUAAAAUAAUGCCGCUGACCAUUAAGAUACAGAGGGAAACUAAGCCUCAGGAUAGGUGGGAUUCACACGGUUGUCUAUUUGCCUUUGCCAUCAGGGACAUGGUCAGACAGUUCUGAACCUACAUACAUUUCUUUAGAGGUCCUGAUUCCGGUGAUAUUUACCUUUUACGUGUUUCUGUGUUUGCAUGAGCCGGUGGGAGAAUCUGGUACAGUCCUUUUGUGAGCAGAUUCGUGUCCGCUUUGAGAAGGUGCAACAAGCGACUCUUGUAAUCCUUUCCCUAAAUGGCAUAUGCAGGACUUUGCUUUCAGUGUUGCGGAAAUGUCACCGCUCCCCUUAUAAAUACAGGGUUUUGAUUGAACGGUCACAUCAUGCUGAAAGCUUACAAAGGAACACCGCAGUCCUUUUCUCAGGCUUAUCUAGUGUAAAAUAAGAAAACCGUAUAAGUUCUUAACCAGGACGGAUAUCCCUAAAAGUAGAAGACUGUCUGAGCUAGGCCCAGACCACCAGAGGCCACCAUGCACCCUCCACUAAAUGACACAGUUUUAUAGGAUGGCUGUGCGGCUUUACAUUUUAACCAGGAGACUCUGUGGUAUUUAAAAACAGUCUAGAUAUGGUCGUACUUCGAUGCCAGUAAUAUUCUGCUUCCUUUAUUGUCAUUAAAAGAAACUAUAUAAAUGUAUAUAUUGUAAUGUAAAUCUUUUAGUGUAUACUUAAUGCUGUCAUAAAAAAGUUUGUGUAAGACAUCAAUAUAAAUAUACAUUUGUUUUCUUCAUCUUUAUGUACAGUACUUUCAGGACAGACAGAUUCCAGCUACAUUUGGUGACUGCUGCUACUGCACUUUGGGUUCUUGCAGCAUCCUAUAUAAGUCACCUCUGUUUGUGUGUUGUUGUUGUUUUUUUGUUUGUUUAGCGUGGGAAAACGUCCUGUUCUUGUUGCGCACAGCAUGCACACGUCACGCAAGGCUGAGUUUAACCAGAAGCAUUGGUUUCCAUAACUAGGGGCGCUGACUCUAGUGUUACUUUGUAUGGUCUGGGUCACUCUUGAUUUGGGCAUUUGUGGAACUGGGAAUAUCCAUGGGGGGGGAAAGGUCUUAAUUUUAGAAACUAGUCUUUUUACAGAGGGCCACCGUGUAAUGUUUUUUUCCAUUUUUUUAUGGUACAUAUUUGACACAUUUCAUCAUGGUGGCCUCUUGCUUUAAUGUCCGCUUAUUGGUGCCCUUAAUAUCUGACUAAUACCAACAUAGAAACAAGGACAUUGGGCACCAGGUCUUUUCCGGUAUUUAUUUUCAUUUUAAAUACAUGUUGACAUUUUUGUUUUGCUUUGUAAGGCCAACACGUGCACUGAAGUGAAGGUCUUCUAACCAUGUAUCUUAUUGGAUAGUGAUACAAUUAUUUAUUAGAGAGACGUGUCUUGCCUGUCGUGUGUGUGAUGUGAUUUUAUAACUGUGCCUUACUUGUACAUUCAGAAUAGAAAGGGGGCUUAUCCCAGGCCCUUUUGGACCAUUGAAGAAGAAAUUGUUUGAUAUGGACUAAGAAUAACCGAUAAAUCUGAGUGCCUCUCUCCUGUCAAGGACAAUGCUUGCAGAUUAUCUCAGUGAUGGCAUGAGCAGGAUAAGCUGUAAAAGAUACAAUACUAGAUUCCACAGAAAUACAGAUUUGCUUCAUGCGAUAAAAUGUGGGCAUACUGUGUAUGUGAUGUCAUUUCAUCCACUGCUCUAUUCCGUUCAUGAUUCUUUGUUUUGUUGAAUCCAAGCUAUGUACAGCUUUGUGAAGAGUGGAUAACUAGCGAUUGAAAAUGCAAUGUCGCGUUUGUGACAAUUGUAGCACAGAACACAUUGUCAAGCAGAAGUUUCAUGUUUCUAGCCCAACUCCAUAUUUCAAGCUUGUGGUCCAUAUCUGUUUUGCUAGUAAUUGAUAGUUUGCAUUUAUCUGGUGAUAUGAUAAAGGGUAACUCCACCCAAACCUCUCCUCCUCCAAAAUAUACUUGCCUUGCAGUCAUUGUGUAUUGGACCUGCCUGGGUGAAUAAUGGCUGUUCUAUGCUGCACUUCCCACAGUGAUUACUACUCUGCCUGUUUGGAACAUGCUGAGUGGAUGUCAGUUUCCUGUUACCAGUGAACGUCCAUUUUUUUUUCCGUUUUUUUGUUAAUUUCAUUGUAACAUCUCCACCCAAAGCUUUUCUUAUUUUGGGGGGAGGAGGAAGAGGUCAGUAGAGUUCUUCUUUAAGUGCCAGUCAUUCACAACUCACUAGCUAUUGUAACUGAAAACCUAGACUAGAUCUGAGAGCUCUGGUUAAUGCUGCUACAAGUCGUCAUAGAAAUGCUUAUGACAAAAUACCCUUUCCCUAUAUUGGUAGCUCCUCAUACUAUUUUUGCACAUGAUUACUAGCAGACAGCACUUUAAAAUAUUAGAUGUACAUUAUCGCUGAUUCAAUAUUUACUACAAACUCUGUAUUAUUUUGUUCUUGCUGGACUAGCUACAAACAGGCUGCUACAUGGCGCUGUCUGUUGUAAGUUGUUUGGCUCAUGAAGUACAGUGGUGUAUAGUAGAAAUUAAUCUAUGUAACUCCUCAGUCAGUGUUCUUAUCAGAGCUUGAUAUUUAUAGCAUUGAUUCAUGAGAGAGUUUAAUACGCUGCCACAGGCACCUACACACCGACCUCUGCCAUCUAUAGCAGCCCUUCAUUCCACAAGAGCUAACGGGUUCAUAUAUGUGACAUGUGACGUGUUUACUUCUAGAUGUGCAUGUGCAGUCAUUUUUCCACCAUGUUAACCACUGUAUGACUGACUUAUUUUACCCCAUGUAAAAUAAACACACAGGAGGCUGAUUUGUGGCUGGCACAGAAUCUGGGUUUGUAAUGCAAAAGUUAAGGAUACUGUAAAAAAUAAAUUUAAGAAAAAACAAAAUAAAAAAAAUGUAAAAAAUAAAAUAAAAAAAUGUAUUUCCGAAUUUA